UCAUUUAUUGAUCUGUCUGGCCAGCCAUACAAGCCGCCUGACUUGCGUGAGAGCUGACUUUCGUAGCAUAACGCAAAACGAGUGCCGUCAGUAUGGACCAGUUUCCACAACCUAUACGUAACCCUGAGGUCAAAUAUACCAAGCUCUUCAUAAAUAAUGAGUUCGUGGAUUCCAUCAGCGGAAAAACAUUUCCUACCAUCAACCCCACCAACGGCCAGAAAAUAUGUGACGUGUCAGAGGGCGACAAGGCUGAUGUAGACAAAGCAGUGGAGGCUGCUAAGACGGCCUUCAAACUUGGAUCUCCAUGGAGACGAAUGGACGCAAGCAAACGGGGUGCCCUUCUCUACAAAAUUGCAGAGCUUAUGGAAAGAGACGCACAGUAUCUGGGCAGUCUUGAGACCUACGACAAUGGAAAGCCGUACCUGAACUCCUAUGGGGAGAUGAUGUUUGCAUCUAACAUAGUCAGAUAUUUCGCCGGCAGUGCCGAUAAAAUUGGCGGGAAAACGAUACCUGUUGAUGGAGAUUUUAUGUGUUACACAAGACACGAACCUGUAGGAGUCUGCGGCGCAGUCAUUCCGUGGAACUACCCUGUGUGUAUGUUCGCCCUAAAGUUGGCCCCCGCCCUAGCUUGUGGUAACGUGAUCGUAUUCAAACCGGCGGAGCAGACUCCUCUGACGGCCCUUUAUAUGGCGGCCCUUUGUAAAGAGGCUGGAGUUCCACCAGGUGUUGUCAACGUUGUCAAUGGUUACGGACCUACCGCUGGUGCUGCUAUCACCGCUAACACAGAUGUAGACAAAAUAGCAUUCACGGGAUCCACAGAGGUCGGACAGAUUAUAAUGCAGGCGGCAGGUGCCACGAACAUCAAACGCACAACACUGGAGCUUGGCGGGAAAAGUCCAAACGUUAUCAUGGAUGAUGCCGACAUUGAAUCGGCCGCUGCCUGGUCUCACGAGGCUGUGAUGACCAACAUGGGUCAGUGCUGCGUUGCUGGCAGCAGGACGUUCGUCCAUGAGAAGAUUUACGAUCAGUUCGUAGCAAAGUGCAGAGAACUAGGGGAGAAGAGGACAUACGGGGAUCCGUACGAACUAUCUACAAAGAAUGGGCCACAGGUUGACAAGGAACAGUAUAGUAAGAUUAUUGAGUUGAUCGAGUCCGGAAAGAAGGAGGGAGCCAAGGUAGAGUGUGGAGGUGAAGCCGUGGGAGGGGACGGGUUUUUCAUCAAGCCCACAGUCUUCUCGGGGGUGACAGACAAUAUGAGAAUUGCCAAGGAAGAGAUUUUUGGCCCAGUCCAGCAGAUCUUUAAGUUUAGUACACUGGACGAGGUGAUCGAGCGAGCCAAUGCCACGCACUACGGUUUAGGGGCUGCUGUGUUCACCCGAAACAUCGACAACGCCAUGUUGUUUGUACAGGGGGUUAGGGCUGGCACCGUUUGGGUCAACUGCUACAAUCCACCAUGUUAUCAAGCGCCAUUUGGAGGAUUCAAAAUGUCGGGUUUGGGAAGAGAAAUGGGUGAAUAUAACUUAAGCCAGUAUCAGGAAGUUAAAACGGUAAUGAUAAAGAUUCCCCAGAAGAAUUCUUAGACAACACGACCCUUUCCAGCAGUGGUAGACCUCUCCAGGCAGUUGGAGGCGUUAAGAAUACAGUACAGUGUACUGGUUUGACUCUGAAAUAUAAGAUAUUCUCUAUAUUUGGAGCAUUGUUUUUGAAGUUACUUGGAAUAAAAAUUAAACUAUAA